UUUUUGUAUUAAGGUGCCUUUUGAAGAACAAUAUUGAAAUAUUAUUCGUGUAAAUAAAAAUAUGGAUAAUAAUUUCACUGAGCAAGAAAAAACUACAAAAAAGCUGGUCCAAGCAAGAUUACCUUUUAAAGUUUUAUCCACAGUUGAAAAAAAUAAAUUAGUUGUAAAUUCGGGGGGGAAAUUAAAAUCAAAAGAUUUAAAUUCAGUUACAGAAAGUGAAGUAGAUGUUAAAGAUAGUGAAGUAGAUUCAAAAUUGAACAAUGAUGAAAUCAUUAUUUUAUCUGAAGAGGAUGAAGACAACGAAAGAAAUAAGGAUUCAGAGAAAUGUGAGAAUAAUACUAAAAGUAAGACUCCUGAUACGAAGCCAAAAGUAUUUAUUAAACUGCCUUUAAGUUCAAAAAAGAAAAGAAAAUCAAGUGCAUCUAAUUGUUCAUUUGAUGAAGAAAAAAAAAGUAUCCAAGAUAAAGCAGAAAAACAUUCUCCAAAGGUUGAAUCAAAUCCUCAUAAAAAAGUUAAAAUAUCUGAUUCUAUUGCAAAACCAGUAUAUGAUUCUACACCUAUUAUAAAUUGUAAGUCCUCAAAUUCAACAGAAUUUAAUUCUAAUAACAACGAACCUACAUCAAAUUUAAUCUGUGAUAAUUCAAAAACACCUGAAGCUAUGGAAAUCAAUUCAAGUAAUGAGUUGCAAAAAGUAGAACAGUCUCCCUGUGUAUUGAACAACAGUACUAAUUUAGAAGAAAAAAUACCUAUACCAGAAUCUGAUAAUUUCAAUGAAAAUGCUCAAGACAAAGAAAAAGAGUUAAAAUGCGAAGCUACGUCGGCAGACUGCGAGGAUGUAAAUUUAGGAAAAGAAAAAAACAAAUCUGAUGUAGGCCUACUUUCCGACAAGAACAAUGAAAGCUUUGAAACUUCUAUGAUGGAUACUACGACUUUAGAAGAAUCAGAAUUAGAGUCCAGCUCCUCGCAAGAAACUAACGAAGAUAAAGAUUUAAUCCCAGAUACUAAAACUUUGAAAGAUCAAAAUGUUGAAUCAGAUACAAAUACAAAAAAACUAAAUGUUUCGAAGCAAAACAGCAUAGCCAGAUCUUCAAGAAGUGAACAAAAACGAAAAGAAAAAGAACAAAAACGGAAUCAAGAGAGAAUGGAGAGGGAAGAGAAACGUCGAAAAGAAAAAGAAGAAAAGGAGAAAAAACGUUUGGCAGAAAUUGAAGCAAAAAAUGAAGAAAAGCGAGUUAAAGAAGAAGAAAAGCGUUUGAAGGAAGAGGAAAAACGUAAGAGAGAAGAGAUGAAGGAAGAGGACAGAAAAAGAAAGGAAGAAGAAAAACGUAAGAAGGAAGAGUUGAGAGAGGAAGAACGAAAAAAACGAGAGGAAGAAAAACGAAAAAAAGAAAUGGAGAAAGAAGAAAUAGAAAAUAAAAAAAGAAAAGCCGCUGAAGUUUUUACAAAAUUUUUCGUACCACGUUCGAAAGGAGUAGAAGACGGAAACUUAUCUUUUACUGAAAAAAAAGAAAACGUUAACUUCAUGCCGUUUCAAAUUAAAGAUGAUAUGAAGCUAGCCCCAAUUACCAGGACACAACUAAAUGUUGAACAAAAGAAUGUGAUUGACGAGUUUCUACAAAACGAUAAAGACAUCCCUUACUCUGAACUCUACACAGGAAAACUUAAAUCUGGCAAUUAUAAUCCAAUGAAAAGUGAGAGAACUUUUCCAAAAAUGGAAGAUGACGAUGAUAUAAUUAUUAUUGACGAAAUGCAUGGUAUCACUCAAUAUCUAGAUGAAACUUCAAAAAGUUUAAAAAAAUACAAAGCAAAAUUUUUACUAUUUCGCGAAAAUAGGAGACCUCCAUAUUAUGGAACAUGGAGAAAAAAAAGUUCAACAAUCACACCCCGUAAGCCAUUUGGAAUUGAUAAACAGAUAUUUGAUUAUGAAAUCGAUUCUGAUUUGGAAUGGGAAGAAGAAGAACCGGGUGAAUCUUUAAGUUGUAGUGAUGAUGAAAAGGAAUCUGAAGAUGACUAUGAAGUUGAUAACGAAUUUUUCGUUCCUCAUGGUCAUUUGAGCGAUGAAGAAAUGGAAGAAGAGGACAAAUCUCCAGAAGUGCUGAAAGCCAAGUUGAAAAUUUUACAGCAGGAAUUUGCUUGCGAAAUGAAAAAGAAAACUGAAAAGAUUAAACCUCGUCUGAUAGGGGUUGUAUGGAGUAAUAAGGACUCGACGAAACCGGAAACUUGUCCAAAUAUUGUAUGGGAAUUCCUAAAACAACAAGAAAUGAUUUUUAAAGACAAAGUUAGUAUUUCAAUUCAAAAGGACAACUCUGGUGAAACCUCAUCACCUGUACAACAAGAAAAGCAAAAAUUAAACAAACGAUCUGAAUUACCAGAAGAAUUUACCGCACCUCUAAUAAAACUUGUUCACGGAAAUACAAAUAAUAAAUUAUUUAUAAUUAAAGAAUUUCAAGCACAUUUAUCAAGACUAGAUUCCAAUUCAGAAAAUAUGCAUUUUACAAAAUCUUGUAUUAAAGAAAAAAUUGAAAAAAUGGCACAGUGGAAGGUCAUGAAAAAUAAAAAUUUAAAUAAGAAUUUUCUGUGUUGGGCGGUAUCAGAUGAAAAUUUGGAAAAAUAUGGCUUAGCAGAUUUAGAUAUAGAAAACAAAUGGAAAUAUAUUAUACCACCAAAAAACAAAAGAGAAAUUGUUGAAACUGAAGAAAUAAAAACUCCUAAACCAAUAAAUAAAUCAAAUGAAAAUACUUCUGUCAUCACAAAAUUUACAAAAAUUUUAACAAAAGAAGAAAAAGAGGAAUCAUUGAGCAAUAAUAAAGAUAAAAAUAUAAAAUCGUUAAAGAAAAGCUCUCCCACAAUUGGAAAAAUAGAUGGAUCAAAAGUAACCGAUGAAAUUAAACCCAAUGCAAUGAAAAAACGUGUUCCGAUAUUAUAUUCGGUACCCCGGGGUCAAAAUGUACCUGAAGCUUCAAAAAAGAUUGUUGUUGAUGAUUAUUUAAAACAACAAAACAAAUCUUCCACUUCAUUGCCUCAUAGUACUAUCAAUGUUCCCGAAAAUGAUGAUUGCAUUGUUCUGGAAUAGUUUAAUAUUCUAUUGUGUAUUGUUAGAAAUAUUUAUAUGUAUGAUGGGAAUUUGUAUUAUUCUUAUUCAAUUUAUCACUUAAGGAUUAGAUUUUUAGUUUGAAAAUAGUCUUUCUUACUU